AUGUGGUUGUAUGCCUAUCAAUGUGUGAUCCUUCCAUUGAUAGGAGAAGCCAUUCAAUCAGAGUGGCAAAAGAGCGAGAAGAGUCCGGUGAUGGCACCACAGAGUAGCAAGAUGGCUGAUGAAUCAAGGAAAGAAGGAAUAGUCGAAGAGGAGGUGAUCCGAAGAGCUUCCUUGUCUUGUCUCGAAUUUUGGGCUGGAGCAAAAGAAAGGAAACGAGAUGAAAACGGAGGAUUGGUGGACAAGAAGCAAGAUGAUACCACUAGCAUUGUGUCAGCUUCCAUUGAUAAGGAAUGCCUCGUCACGUCGCUUAGCCAAGGCAAAACAGCUUCAAUUCAAGGAGCCAAAUUCGAUUUUUCAACUAUGGUGGGAUCAGAAGGAAACGAAAGAAGAGAGACGUCGAGUCUCUACCAGGACGAAGCAGGACUACCCGACAGCAGCAGCAUGAGUCACGACGCAAAAGUUCUAUCUGUCAAGAUUCUUCCGGUGGGACCUCAGAAUGCCGCUUCGGUUCAAGUUGUAGUUGAAAUCAGUCGCCAGAACGACAUCGUCGAGAAACCCACAAUACUAGCGACAAUUCAUGGAUUCUUGACGCUCUUAAAAUCAUCAAACCACCGGACCUGCAUAUCGGCAGCAUUCUCCACCAACACGGGUACAAUCCUACCCGAACACUUCAAUGCCGUGACAAAAUUAACCUGGGAAGGUUAUUGUGGAGCAAAUCGUGCCCGUGAUGGGGCAGCCAUGGCAAAAGUGUUUCAUCCAAGCUGUCGACUUACAUAUGUACAAGACGACUCGAUGGUCGCCGUCGUCCCUCAACCAGCAUUUUGUGCCAAGGUUCAACAUCGCUACACCAAAGAAACCAUGCAUCAACCCUAUGCCCCGCUUCAGGCACACCCAAACAUUGGGAUGCAUGAUACGUUGCAGGAUGUGGAGUUUGCCACUCCUGAUUGCUGCAUGGUGACAUUGAAAGUUGGGCACCCACCAUGUCUGUGGUCGGAUUUGCUGACGUGUUGCUAUUUGGGAAGCGACCAGGGCUGGUGGAUCAUGCACAAAUCCAGCUGUCACGAAGAGUUUAUGUUGACGGAUGACAUGAAGGCAUUAUUGGGCGCUAGCUAG